UAUGGGCGGCGCGCGCGAGUCUUUUUGUGAAGAAGAGAAUUGAUGAACUUGCACAUCACAUGCAGCAUGGAAGCAAGACGGUUCCUUGUUGUAGCCAGCCUCUGCUGGUGCCUGUUGCUCUCAGCUGCAGGGGCUAUAGUUGGAGUUGAGGAGGAGUGGGGAGAAGGACUGAAGGUACUGAGAACGUAUGUCCCUGGGCAGUGCGAGGUCAGAGCACAGAACGGUGACGUCGUCCACUAUCACUAUGUCGGGAGACUGGACAACGGGACAGAGUUCGGAAAGAGG